AUGGCUUCCUAUCGCCCUGAUCUCUCGCAAUACCCCACUGGAUUCACAGUUCUACGCAUUUUCCAAGCUGUACUGGACAUCAUCACCAUCAGUGUCAUGUCUUUCACAAUACACGCUGUGUUUAUUCCGGGGAACUGCUUGUUGAUCGUAACCAGUUCUGCAUCACUUCUGGUCUCUACAUGGAUGGCCUUUGCUCACAUGUUCUCCAACCGCCUCUUUAAUUACUUGGUCGCCGCGAUUCUUGACACCAUUCUCACUAUAUUCUGGCUCAUAUCAUUUGCUGUUCUUGCGGCACAAACAGCGGUGUUAUGGACCCACGGCACUGAUUACUGCGGAACCAACAAGUGCCCCGGCAACCUCAAGAACGUGACGAGUUUUUACGGAUGCGUCUUUGCGACUUGCGUCGGUCUAGGUGGCUUGGCAUUGUAA